AUAUGGAGCAGAGGGACGUGAAGAUGCCCGUCCAGAUGAAAUAGCUGACAGAGAACUGGCAGAGGCGCUUCAGAGGUCCAUACAGGAAAGCGGACAGCACUGAUGCUUUUGGAGACAGCUGGAGAGGGCCCUACCAACCAGACACUGCAGAUGGACAAACUACCUCACGGCAGCCCCCACCAUUUUCAUUACCCAGAACCUUAGACCAAAUGUCCUCAUCCACUUCCCCUUCUGAUGGCCCUUCCUCCGGCCAGCCCCAGACUCUGGAUCGCUCUCAGUCUGCCCCGGCCACCAUGGAGCAGGCCUCAGUACCAGGGCUGUGCCAGGACCAACCUGGCCUCCAGGAGCUUCCUCUGCCUUCAUCCCCAGCAGAGGAUGUUGGUUCUACACUUCAUGAGGUCUCCCCUCAACCUCUACCUGUCCAUAGCAACUCCACCGUGUCCCCUGUACCAAGUCCUUCAACAGACGUCCUCCGCACAUGUACCCCUCCUGCAGACGUAACUUCGGUGUCCCAGUAUCCGGGGGGUGAGGUGCAGAGUGGAGCCACAAUGGGGGAUGCUGAACCAGACAAAGUGGUGAACAGCUCCAUGCUCUCACAUCCAGAGGAACUUUCACCCAUUCAACCCAUGGAGCAGGAGGCCUCUGAGCCUGACGGGUCUGGUGUUACGGAAACUUGUGUGAAUGAUCCUAGCCAAUCAGAGUCCGUUGAAAUGGAGUCUCCUUCUGCCACCCAGGGUGUGGUGUCCUGCGAGAGAGACCAGUCUGAAGGAGAGCACUGUUCCAGCUCUGACAGCAUCCCCUCACUGGCGGCUGCUCUGAUGGAGCUUCACGAGCUGCUUGUAUCUAACAACCUAGCUCAGUCGCAAUACCCCAGCACCUCCUGUUCCUCCUCACCUCCAUUCACACAGGAAACAGAUGAAGUGGUCCCCGAACCACGCACCCCAACACCCAACAAUACAGUGUGUAUCCCCUCUGCUGCCAUCACAGCCGGUGCAGAACCUAGCGAUGCCAAAGCCAACCAUGCUGCUCUGUCUGAUGAGGGACCAUCUAAGUGUCUUGUGCCUGACCUCUCUAGCCAGGAAGAGCAUUUGGGCAGAGAUACAACAGAGACUGUGGAGGAACAAGGAGCACCACAGCAUCCGGAUGGCUCCGAGGAGAGGAGGGCAGUUAGACAAGAGCAAGAUGAGGUCAGUAACAUCAGUAUUUUUCAACUUGAGCCAGAGACUCCUCCUGAUCCUGCAGAGGGCCUGGAGUUCAGGGAAUCUCCUGAGGGGCAGCAGGGGAGAGGAGCUGCAGAUGGACAAGCCUCUGGCACCAACACCCCAGACACUCUUGGCCUCCAGACUGAGCACACUUUUCUCAGUCCUCUUUCUACAGCAGCGUGCUCACCUGAGGAAGUCUCUAGCACCUCGGCCUCCUCUUCCCCUCCUCUUGCUCAGGCUCCACAGCUUACAUCUUCAGCCCCUCUUUUACCGUCUCCGCAUCCCUUUAUAGAACAAUUUCCAGCUGAGCACAUUGAGAGAAUCCAGGCAGCAGGGUUUUCCGCCAUGGAGGCUGCAGAGGCACUGGAAAGAGCCCAUGGCGUUGUGGAGCUAGCUCUGCUGACAUUGCUAGCCCGCAGUAUCACUGUGCCCACCUAGACUUACAACUAAUCAUACAAGUCCCCAGUCUCCCAAUUCAGCAUCUGUCUUAUUUAUACCUUGUUACUGCUCCAGAUGUCUCAGUCUCUCCUUAGCAGAGAGCACAUAUAAACACAGGGAAAUGCUGUCUCUUGGUUUCUUGUACAGAAAAUCCAAGAACAAACAGGACAUCUGGUAAUACUCUUCUGGUUAUUGCAGAUAUGUGAGGUGUGUUUGCAUGCAGAUGUUUUGGGUGUGAACCCAUUUCAUUGGUUUUUAGAGAUUUGGUAUGGUAGAUUGGUUUUCUUCUUGUGUUUUUGUCCAACAUUGACACAUUAUUAAAUGCCCACUGUAUGAUUGAUUAUUGAACCAUUAAAUAUUAUAAUUUUCACUUUGAUAUGUCAUAAAAUCAUUAAGUUGUGGAGCAUCAAUAAAAAAAAAAAAACAUCUCAAAAUGGAUUAACGUUGCUCCUACUCUCCAUCUCAGAAUAACUCUGUGCGGUGAGCUUUCAGCACAAAUAUGGAUAUUUGAAGCAAUUUGAUGAUAAAUAAAGCAUCAUGUUCAUUUUUAUGUUUGUAGCCCUGUCAAUUUACAAAACAGAACUCAAUAAUGAAGAAGCUACAUUGUGGGAACUGCUGCAGUUUAGAAGGGUUGAUCAUUUUUAAUCAAGUUUACCAAUGUUUUUUCCAAAUAUGUGGAAACCCCGAUAUACACAACUGCUGUCUCACUGAAAUAUCGAGUGAGCCCCAAGUGUGGUUGCUGAAGUAUGAUCAUAGUUGGCAUUUUUUCAGGUUCAGUAUGUGACUUACACAGAAGGUAUCUUGUACUGUAUGUAUCAUUCUCCACAGUCUGAGAGCUUUGCCAUGUGUAGAUUACAAAACUGUCUGUAGCUUCUGUUCAGAAAGUCCUAUUAUUUUAUGUCAAAUCAUCAUAGUAUGUGUUCAUAUCUUUUUAAAAAAAUAAACAACAAAAAAACAAAAAGCAUCCAUUUACAUUUUGUAAUCGGUUAGAACAUGGCCAUUUGUGCCUGUCAUGUUUUGUCAGUACAUCAUAUAUCAAGUAUAUUAAUGGCUUUCUUUGAGUCAUAAACCAACAAUGUUCAGGCAGAUUGAAUUAUCUACUUUUAUCUUGUAUGAAAUUUUAAAUUGCAAAUAAAAUGGAACUAGUAUUUGUA